AUUGAUUUGAGAGCCAAACUCUCAGUGGGUCCAUCCAAAUCGGUCUCAUUCGCGCUCGGGAGGGCAACAAGCACACGCAACUGCCACCAAGCACACCGUCGCCACCCGUAGCCUCGCUCCCAUGGUCCCCUCCCUCGCUGCCGCGCUGCCGGCUGUCAGCCGCGUGGCCGUCAUCGGCGCCGGAGCCGCCGGCCUCGUCGCCGCGCGCGAGCUCCGCCGCGAGGGCCUCCGCGUCGUCGUCUUCGAGCGCGACGCCGCCAUCGGGGGCACCUGGGUAUACACCCCCGCCACCGAGUCCGACCCCUUGGGCCUCGACCCCGGCCGCGACAUCGUCCAGAGUAGCCUCUACGAAUCGCUCCGCACCAACCUCCCCCGCGAGUGCAUGGGCUUCCUCGACUUCCCCUUCUCCUCCCGCCGCGCCCCCGAAGGCGGCGACGCCCGGCGGUUCCCUGGACACCGCGAGGUGCUCCGAUACCUCCAGGAUUUUGCUAGGGAUUUCGACCUCUACGGGCUAAUCCGGUUCCGCAGGGAGGUGGAGAGGGUGGAGAGGGAUCAUGAUGGGAGGUGGCAAGUAGAUUCGAGGAGCGUUGACGAAGCGGGUGGCGAUGGGGGCGACGAAAGUGAGGUCUUUGAUGGCGUGGUUGUUUGCAAUGGUCACUUCACCGAGCCGCGUAUCGCGGAGAUUCCCGGCAUCGAUGUGUGGCCUGGGAAGCAAUUGCACAGCCACAAUUAUCGUGUCCCUGAGCCAUUUACUGAUCAAGUGGUGUUGAUAAUUGGGAGUGCUGCUAGUGCUGUUGACAUUUCAAGGGAUAUUGUUAGAUAUGCUAAAGAAGUUCAUAUUUCAAAUAGAUCCCUGCCUGAUGAACCUCCUAGAAAGCAGCUUGGCCAUGACAACAUGUGGCUUCAUUCUAUGAUUGCAAGCACCCAUAGUGAUGGCACUGUGGUAUUUCGAGAUGGGAGCUCUGUCCAAGUUGAUGUCAUUAUACACUGUACAGGGUACAAUUAUCAUUUUCCAUUUCUUAAAACAAAUGGUAUCAUCACCGUCGAUGAUAACUGUGUCGACCCGCUAUAUAAGCAUGUUUUCCCACCGUCACAUGCUCCAAGCCUCGCUUUCAUUGGAAUACCUUGGAAGGUAGCUCCUUUCCUGAUGUUUGAGCUUCAAAGCAAGUGGGUAGCAGGCGUUCUAUCAGGGCGACUCGCACUUCCAACCAAAGAGGAAAUGUUGGAAGAUGUCAAAGCCUGGUACUCAGAACUCGAAUCUGCUGGACGGCCCAAGAGAUACACUCAUAACAUGUCAAACAAACAGUUUGAGUAUCAUGAUUGGCUUGCGAAGCAAUGUGAGUUGCCUCCUGUGGUAGAAUGGAGGAACCUGAUGUAUGAAGCAGCGGGGAAGAACAGAGAAGCCCGCCCAGAGAGCUAUCGUGAUGAAUGGGACGACGACCAUUUAAUUUCACAAGCAGAGGAAGAUUUUACAAAGUUCUUAUGUCAUUCAUCUAUAAGUUCUAUAUAUUAAUUCAUGUCACGCAGAUUCGACUGCUUAUUGUUGUUGGAUUACGUUUUAGAGUAAGAAAACUUAUGCUCUGAGAAAAAAAAGUCUUCUCAAAGCUCUCAUGACAGUGUCUUUCAUUUCCCAAAUGUAUUUUAAUCAACAUUGCGUUCCUCUUUAUUUAAAGUUUAGCAUUAUUUUUGUAA